CCGAUUAAAUCUCGAUCUUUUCUCGUCGUAACAUCUCCGAUUGCGAUUUAUCCUGCGGCUAAUUCCAGGACGGCGCCACAAGUCUCUCGUCUGCUCUCUCUUGCUCAGAGACGCUUCGGUAACGAGAAGUCCUGAUCUGAGAGAUACAAUGGCGUCUGGUAUCGUCGAAGGAGGCGGAUCCUUAUCGGAUGUAUAUAGUAGUGCGAAAAGGAUUCUACUCAAGGCUCGCGACGGAAUCGAGAGGUUAGAGAGGUUCGAAUCAUCUUCUAUGGAUUCUCCCGAUCUAGCCUCCUCCGUGAAACGAGAUAUUACUGAGGUCCGAUCUCUCUGCUCUAACAUGGAUACUCUCUGGCGCUCAAUUCCUGUUAAAUCUCAGCGCGAUCUCUGGAGAAGAAAGACUGAACAAGUUGGAGAAGAAGCUGAGUAUUUGAAUCUAAGUCUGGAGAAAUACAUGUCGAGGAAUCAGAGGAAGAUGUUGGAAGCUAAAGAGAGAGCGGAUUUGCUAGGUAGAGCGAGUGGAGAAGGAGCUCACAUUUUGCAGAUAUUUGAUGAGGAAGCUCAAGCUAUGAGCUCUGUGAAGAACUCAAAGAGAAUGCUUGAAGAGUCGUUUUCUAGUGGUGUUGCUAUCCUCUCCAAAUAUGCUGAACAAAGGGAUCGUUUGAAGAGUGCACAGCGUAAAGCUUUGGAUGUUCUGAACACAGUAGGGCUCUCCAAUUCGGUACUGAGGCUCAUUGAGAGGCGCAAUCGUGUUGAUACUUGGAUCAAAUAUGCCGGUAUGAUCGCAACACUUGUCAUAUUAUAUCUGUUCAUAAGAUGGACACGCUAAGCCGAAGAAAAUCAAACGGCUUAGUUGCACAGAUGGUUGUUUAUGCCCUGUUACAAGACAUUUUUGGCAUCUGAUCUUAGCUCAUCAAGUUGUGAUUGUAAAAAUAGUUUCCUUUGCAUUGAAUACAAACUAAAACUAAAGCUGAAUCAAAGUGACUUUUACUAUGUUAGGUAGUUUGGUUAUUACCAUGUCUCCUAAAUCUUAGAAAGUCCAAGAAACUCGUAAAUCCUGGAUAGAAAACUAAACCAAACCCCAAAUAAAACUAGGAGGAGAUGUGAAUCUCACUAGAGCUGGAUUUGGCAUUUAGGAAGGUGAUUGAUGAGUUUCUUGUCAUCAUUAGCCUUUUUUAGGACAGCAAUUGCUCUUCACAGGACUUGCUCAGAUAUAUGACAAGCGUAGGCUAUAUUGAUGAGAAGGGGUCUGCACCUUAACAUGUCCAACCACAACCUCGUUAUAUCUCUUAUUCUCUGAAUCCUUAAACAAGUCUUGAAAGUCUGGUUCCUCACUAUCCAGAUAAGCCUAAGCAUGGAAUUUUGAGUCAAAAGAGGUCAAAUGAGAAGAGAUGACUCCUUUCCGAAGGUAAAAGUGAUCCUGCUAAUGCAUCUACUGCCGACAUCAAUCUUUCAGCAGAGUAGACAAAGAUGAGGAGAGAAACCUCAACCCCAAGGGUCAGUGAGUAUUGUGUCUCUUCUAUGUCUGGUGAUUUGAUAUUCCAAGAUCACCUCCUGAAGGAAGAAAUUCCAAUUUCCACACAAUCAGAUCCAAGUUCUUCAUAAGUCUGUGAACGUAUGAUCACGUUGAGAACAAUCUUUCAGCAAAAGAGCUAAGCCCUAGAAGCUCCUAUUUCAGUGAAAAUAGUCUGUGAACGUAGAAAUCUUGUUGUAAUGCAAGCCUGUGGAGAAUGUCUAGAAUUAGUUGGUUUGAUACCAAUGACAAUGAGUGAGUGAUUCGUACACCUGAAAUUCAGCGUUUGUUGAAAUUUUUAAAUCGCAUAUAACAUGAUGAAUACUUUGAUAUCUAUUUUCUUUACUAUUCUCAUACAUAUACGCAUAUAG